CGACAGGAAGAAGACGCAGUAAGUGUAGAGACUGAUCCUCCGACUGCUCCGUUUCAUGGCAGAUGCGGAAUGAUACGAGUCGUGAAAAAGUCGUGACGGGUUUUUUUGUUUGUUUGUUUCUUGUGAGCGAUGCGUGGAUUUUCGCACGGUGCGUUUAGAAGGAUGCGUGAGAUGAGAAGCGCGCAGGGAUGUGUGAGCUGAACACGGACAAACAGGGCGUCUGGUGCUGCGAUGAAGGCUCCUUGCUUUUUGUUUUGAACACCGCAACCACCGACAUGGACUGAAAGCGUCAUCCUAAGCCUUUAUUCCUGUGAAGAGCGUUGCGCAGUGCAGGGAAAACAGGACAUCGUGUUGUGGUGACUGUAUUACCUAACCAUCUGGGUAUCCAUUCCCAGUACAGGUUCCAUCCAUCCUUCUGACCGGCUUGUUCUCUCUUGUCAAAUGUGAGGAGCUUUCUUCCAGUGGUGGGAGCCACUCUGAGGGUACAGAUGAGAGGCAAACAGUAUCAUCAACCACUGAAGUUGACAGCGCCUUGGGAGAAGGAUGCAGGCUUUGGGAGGAAGCUCAAAACCUACAGGAAUCAUACCAAGAUAAUAGCACAGCCUGGAAUCGUCAUGAAAGUCCUCCGCAGGAAGAGGAUCGUCUUAUUCAUGGCCUAUUUCUUACUGCUGGUCCUCACCAUGCUCAACUUGGCUAAUUAUAAAUGGACUAAAGAGCCCCAGCAGUGUAACCAUCAGAUGAGGAGCACCACCUAUCAGAGCAGAUCUGACAUCCGCUUCCUGUACAGGCCUUCGCUGGCUAAAAAGAGACAGCUCAUCUACGUUCUGACCACCUGGAGGUCAGGAUCGUCCUUUUUCGGAGAGCUUUUUAACCAAAAUCCCGAAGUGUUCUUCUUGUACGAGCCGAUGUGGCACAUCUGGCAGAAACUGUACCCGGGUGACGCCGUGUCUUUACAAGGGGCAGCCAGGGACAUGCUUAGCUCUUUAUACCGCUGUGAUCUGUCUGUUUUCCAACUUUACAACAGCCCCGGGGGCAAGAAUUUCACCUCCCUAGGACUCUUUGGAGCCACCCUCAAUAAAGUCGUGUGCUCCUAUCCCCUGUGCUCAGCCUACAGGAAGGAGGUGGUGGGGAUGGUGGACGAUAAGGUGUGUAAAAAGUGCCCCCCUCAGAGCCUUAGACUGUUGGAGGAGGAGUGCCUCAAAUAUAACACCAUAGUCAUUAAAGGGGUACGCAUUUUGGACGUUAACGUGUUGGCCCCGCUCAUGGAGGACCCCUCUUUGGAUUUAAAGGUGAUACACCUUGUCAGAGACCCACGGGCGGUGGCCAACUCCAGGAUCAAAUCCAGACAUGGCCUGAUUAGGGAGAAUUUGCAGGUGGUCCGCAGUAGGGACCCUAAACUUCGCCGGAUACCUUUCGUGGACCCGGGUCACAAAGCCAACAAGAAGGACGGCUCAGACUAUCACUCUAUAGGAGCGAUGGAGGUGAUCUGCGACCGCACAUCCAGGACUUUGAGGACUGCCUUAAACCCACCCAGCUGGCUAAAGGGGAAAUACAUGGCCGUACGGUACGAGGACCUGGUCGAGAACCCGGUUAAGAUCUUGCGGAGCAUCUACCGCUUUGCCAACCUCACCGCCAACCACGACAUCGAGUCAUUUGCAUUAAACAUGACCAGUGGCUCCAGUUCAUCCUCUAAGCCAUUCAUAGUCUCAUCCAGGAAUGCCACACAGGCUGCUAGUGCAUGGAGAACAGUGCUCAGCAUUCAACAGAUCAAACAAGUGGAGGACUACUGCCACCACGCCAUGUCUGUACUAGGGUAUGAAAGAGUCAGAACAGCCGGGGAGGCCAAGGACUUAAGCAAAUCACUACUGACACACUCCAGACUGUGAAAAUGUCCUCACCACCAAAGACCGUUUAAUUUAAUGUUCAUUUUGCAUCGAGUGCCGUUUCCUCUUAUUGUGGAAUUAAAGCUUUACUUUAUUCAGUGUUUGAGGAGAUCCACUGGCCACAUCUGGAAUGUAUCUCGUUUCCCUCAGUUGAUUGCAGUGGUAUUUGAAGGGACCACUUCUUUUAUACUGGAAUAUUGGAUGUGUUUGACAAUGCAAGGCCUAUGAACAAGCACUUCAAAUAGUGACGCUGAAAAAAAGAAAAGGAAAAAACAACUGUAUAAUUCAUAUAUCUUGUUAUGAUGACACUUCAAAGUGGAUGUUUUGGAGUUAUUUUUGAAUGUUCAAAACCUUACAAAAUAUGUUUUUUUUUCAGUCUCCAUACCGUCUGUAAAAGUGAAAAUAGUGGAUGAAUGAAAACAAAACAAAGAACAAGUGGUUAAAAAAAAAGCUCAUUGCUAAUGUCUAUUUGUAAUAUCCGGUCCAAGUCAGAGACAAUCAAUAAAUUGGUUUGUUGAUGUGCCAUAGGUAGAAGUGUGAUGAGUAGGCUACAUCAGAGCAGCAGUAGUGCUUUUCCCAGAAAAAAAAAAAAAAAAAAAUGUUGAGGGAUCUUUUGAAUUUUUGUCACCAGAUGAUCUCAUAUCAUGCACUGUGGAUAAUGUCAAGGCUCUGCAGCUGGAAAGUCUUUCUCAGUGUCAGUGUAAGCGGUCCGUUUUACCAUUUCAAAUGUUUACAAUUGCUUGCUCUUAUAAAAUACAUGAUCUGGGAUUAUUGCAUUGAGUAAAGUUCAGAGCUGA